AUGAAACGCAAGCUUGACGAGAACGAUGCGCCAACAGUGGAAGUACCAUUUAAAGCAGCAGAAAGCCUUCAAUCCAACAAACCGACAUUUGACUCUUUGAACCUCGAUGCCCGCCUACUGCAGUCCUUAGCGAAGUCGAAGUAUCUCGAACCGACCCCUGUGCAAGCACAAGUAAUACCACUGGCUAUUGAAGGCAGGAAUAUAUUAGCAAAGUCGAAGACUGGUAGCGGCAAGACUGCUGCGUACGUUCUGCCAUGUAUACAAGCAAUACUUGAAGCCAAGGCACAUGGCUCCAAGUCAAAGGGCAUCUCGGUUCUGGUGCUGGUCCCGACUCACGAGCUCUCAGAUCAAGUCGCACGCACUUUCGCUAGUCUCAGCGAAUUCUGCGGAAAAGAGGUUAGAGCAUUGAACUUGAACCAAAAGGCCAGCGCAUCUGUACUUGCAGCAAAACUCAAUGAGACGCCGGAUGUGCUCGUAUCGACUCCAGGAAAGGUGGCGCAGUUACUCACCAGUUCAACCUUGUCUCUGAGCACGAUAGCAAAGUUGAUAAUCGACGAAGCCGAUCGUGUACUCUCCUAUGGUCACGAGGAAGAUAUCGAAAAGAUUUCCAAAGCCGUUCCUGCAGGAAUUCAAACCUUUCUCAUCAGUGCCACGUUGACACCUGAAGUCGACCAGCUGCGGUCAACCUUCGCUCAGGACUACGCUGUCGUCGACGUGGAGGACAAAGAAGAGGAAGGUCAAGAGGUUAAACAGUACAUGAUUAAAUGUGGUGAAGAAGACAAGUUCCUGCUCAUAUAUGUUAUAUUCAAGCUGAAGUUGGUGAAAGGGAAGUGCAUCAUAUUUGUUCAAGACAUCGAUCGCAGUUACAGGUUAAAGCUAUAUCUUGAGCAGUUUGGCAUCAGGUCCUGCAUUCUCAACUCUGAAUUACCCGUCAAUUCUCGACUACAUGCUGUGCAAGAAUUCAACCGAGGCUUGUAUGACAUCCUGAUAGCCGCAGACGAGCAGGAAGUUAUUGGAGGCAUCCAACGGAAAUCGAGGAAAGUAGAUGCAGAAUCGGGACCGGAAAAUGGCUCAGCAAGUGAAGAGGAAGAAAAUCAAACGACCACCAAGAAGUCCACGAAACCCCGACAGAAAGACUUUGGCGUAUCUCGCGGAAUCGACUUUCAAAAUGUUUCUUGUGUUCUCAACUUCGAUCUGCCCACAACUUCCAAAUCGUACACUCACCGCAUCGGUCGUACUGCGCGAGCUAGCAAAUCCGGCACGGCAAUUUCAUUCGUUAUACCCACCGAAGAGUUCGGCAAGCACAAAUACACAUCCGUCUCCUCAUCACGCCACGACGAACGAGUGAUGGGAAGGAUCAAAGCACGACAAGCCAAAAGGGGCCGAGAAAUCCUAGAUCACCCCUUCAACAUGUCACAAGUCGAAGGUUUCCGAUACCGCAUGCAAGAUGCACUAAAAGCAGUCACUCCCAACAAGAUCCGAGAAGCAAGAACGCGAGAAAUCAAGCAAGAACUCCUCAAAAGCGACAAGUUGUCCAAGCAUUUCGAGGAGAAUCCAGAGGACUUGAAAGCGCUCAGACACGAUACCAGCAGUGGCGCGGGUAUCAUUCGUGUACAAAAUCAUCUCAAGCACGUUCCUGAAUAUCUUUUGCCAGGAGGAAAGCGCCAAAAGGCUGGGGAUGGGGCGUUCGUUAGCUUCAAUAAGAACGAGAAGAAGGGGGCAGGACAGGGAGGGAGACAGUACAGAGGUAAGAAGCCUCAGGGUCGUAGGAUUGAUCCGUUAAAGAGUUUUAAGACCAAGAGGAAAUGA